AUGGCAGAUACAUAUCUUCGUAUAGGAGGAAAUAAUAGCAGCGCAUCAAACAAGAACAAACUUCAGCCUGCGUUUUCAAUACCAGCUGAUGCCUUCAGCAAGCACAAGAAGCUGGUCCAAGACUAUAUAACAUACUAUGGUGCAUCGGUAGAAAAGACAAAGCUUCAAACCCAGACCGAUUUCGAUGUUUUGAAGCAACAUCACAAAUUCGUGAGAAGUGAAGAGGAUGAUAGAGAUCUAUCUUGGGAACACCGAGUAGCCAAGAAAUAUUAUGAUAGGUUACUGAAAGAGUAUGCCAUUGUCGACCUAUCGCGAUACAGGGAAGGCAAGUUUGGUCUACGAUGGAGGACUCAAAAGGAAGUCAUCGCUGGAAUAGGCCAGUUCAUAUGUGGCUCAAUAUCAUGUGACGUAAACCAGCAUCUAGCUACUUGGGAAGUCCCGUUUGCAUACAAGGAAGAUGGUGUCCAGAAAUACGAAUUGGUAAAAGUACGUCUUUGCAAAGACUGCUCCGUCAAACUCAACUAUAAAAAGGACAAGGAGAAGAGGAAACGUGAGCAAAAGAUUGCAGCCCAUUCGACUGUGGACGAAGAGGGAGCUGUUGAUGACCCUUCUGUCGAGAAUGGUGUAGAGGAUCGUGAAGGUCGAAAACGACCCAGGGAGGAAGAACAGAACGGUGCUGAGGAGGGAGAUAAAGAUUCAAGAGCUGCCAAAGCUGCCAAAGCAGAUGAAUCAACCACCGAUGCCAAUCCCUCUUCAAUAUGGUCUGCCCCACUCAAAGUCGAAGUUGAGAAGACUAGAGGAGAAGAUAUGGACGCUUUCUUCUCAGACCUCUUCCUGUGA